AAAAAAAAAGUUAAUUUUUUUGUAAGAAAGUUUUAAAACAUUCGUUCUAACCUAACAAUAGGGUUGUCUGUAGUAGCGAAUUCAGUGGUUCAUGGUUGUUAUUGUUAUUAUUUUUAAGUCUGUUGUAUAAAUACAGAUACUUAAUUGAAUGUUUUAUUUUUUUGGGAAUACGUUAUUCAUAUCUUGUAAAAAAAAUUAGCGUUAUAGUUUGCUAAAAGUGAUUGCGGUAAAAGUGUUGAUCUGGUUAGAUACUAUUGAACUUGGGUACAAAUUAAUUAUUGAAUCUCUUGAACGUGUAAAAAUUUUUUAUGUUGAAACCUAUGUAUUUAUUAAAAUUAGGUUAAUGCUCUCUUGUUAAUUAAGCAGAGUUUUGCAGGUUAUUGUGCAGUAAAUACUUUUAUCCAGAUACUACUAAAAUACAGCACACAUUGUAAGCAUGUGAUGAGCCUGUGGAAGGAGCUUCAGAAUGGUCAAGUGGAUGCUGGUACGCGUGACAGAGCUGGAUCCCAAUGUGUCGAAUGGCCGACCCAUCAAGAAAGAGGCCAUCGACCUGUUCCGCUACCGCACCACGUAUACUGUGGGCCGUGCCAUGAACUGUAACUUGCGCAUGCUGAGUUCCCUUGUGUCGCGCUUGCACGGAGAACUGCGCUUGCUUGAAAACAUCGUCUUCAUCAAGGAUCUGAGGAGCUCAAAUGGUACUUACGUCAAUAAACACAGAAUCCUCCCAGAACGAGAGCUCUCUCUCUGCGAGGGCGACAUGAUUGGGUUUGGCUCCGAAAAUGUCAUAGGCCCAGAGUCCUUCGUGUUCACCUUGGUAAGGUCGACUGUAUCAAGACAAGUGCUGUGCAUCGAUUUGUCCGUGGACGAUGAUAACGACCAGGAGCCAGACUCGAGCCAGCCCGCUGUGCAGGUGCCGCCGGUGGUGCUGCACCGGGAGAGUCCGUGCUCGCCCGAGCUCGUGGGCAGCUCCUCGGACGUGCCGGCCACCCGCAAGCGCCACCUGCCCGAUGUCUGCCAGCUUCCUUGCAAGAUGCACCCCGGCUCGGAGUGCGCCCGUCGGAGGAUCUCUUCCACCUCCUGCUUCCAGGCUGAGGCUGUGCCCCAGAACCUUCUGUCUGGUUCCGAGCUGUUGAAACAGUUUUCUCGUUCCCAGACACCAUUAUUGCCACCUGGAAUGUUUGCUACGCACCAGACAUGUUCUUCACCUGCUCCGCAGGUUGUGACUUCACCUGCUCCGCAGGUUGUGACAUCCGGUUCUUCGGACACGUCAACUGACAUCUCUCGACCGUUUAGUCAAUCUGCUGAAGUAAUACACUCUUCGUAUUCUGAGAUGGUUUCCAAACCAGUUGGUGCUUUGGAUCAUUGUGGACCUGUCCUGGCUACACAUUGUUCUCAAUCUCUACCAGUGUCAGAACCACCGUCUGUGCCAGUUAUGAAACCGUGUGUGCCGGAAUGUUCUCAGCCUGCGAUGGAUGCACGUCCCUUGCAAUCUGUGAUAGAUCCUAAACUAGCAGGUGAUGUGGAACAUCCUUUACCCAAUUUUAUGUCUUUCCAUUCUUCGCCAUGUGAACCUGCAAAUGGUAUAGUACAACCUGAAACUGAAACGGAAGCAAGCCGUUCUCAUUCCUUCACAAAUACUAAACCAGCAGAUGAGGUUUCUUCAGUUCCUGUGCCUUCUUCGCUAAUGUGUAGUAUACAGCCAGUUUUGAUACCAAAUGAAAUAGAAUGUUCUCCACCUGCAGUGGACAUGCAUCCUUUGCAUUCCAGUGUGGAUCCUAAAUCAGCCAUCAGCAUGGAAUCACCUCAACCAUGUGCAUCAGAAAAUGGAAUGGAACAUUCUAACCCUGCAGUCAGAGCACACAAUUCUUCUGUGAUUGACCCUAAACCAUCAAGCUUUAUGGAAUGCCAUCAGUCAUCAGAUGGGAUAGAAUAUUCUCACCCACCUGUGUUGCCAAGUAUCCCACAGGCUGCUUUAGUUGCGAAACCUGAAGUUGUGACGGAAUGUUCUCGACUUGAGACGAACAUAUGCCCGUCACGUUCUGUGACAUGUAUAGAACCAGGUAAUGAUGUAGCAUCUCAUCUAGCUUUGAUGAGCUCACACUCACCAGUUUCAGAACAAGAAAGUGUGAUUGAAGGUUCUGGAGUAAUGCAAGACACGUGCCCUUCAAAAUCUGUGACGGAUCCUAAACAUGCAUAUGGAGCAGAAUCUCCUCAACCUAUUGAAAUGUUAUGUCAAUCUGUUUCAUCUGAACCAGCAGAAAGGAUAGAAAUUUCUCAAUCUAAAUCUGCUGUGGACCCUUCACAAUAUGAGAUGACUCCUAAAUCAGUAGAUGACGUAGAGUCUCUUCUUGCUCAGAUGAUGGGGAGCUCUCAGUCUCCAGUGUUUAAAAAAGGAAGUAUGAUUGAAGGUUCUAUAACUUUGACAAACUCACAGUCUCUAAUGGUUCCUAAACCAGUAGAUGGGGUACAAUCUCUUGUACCUAAUGUGCUAUCAUGUCAGUCUGCACGAUCUGAUCCAGCAGUUGGAUUGGAACUUUCUAAAUGUGAAACGAAUGUGAGUUCUUCAUGUUCUGUAAGGGAUCCCAAACCGAUUGAUAAUGUAGAAUCCCUAAUUGCUCUGAUGAUGGAUUCACAAUCUCCAGUUUCUAAGCCUGUAAGUAUAAUGGAAGUUUCAGGACCUAUAACAGAUACAAGUCCUUCACAUUCUGUGACAGAUGUAAAUGCAGCAAAUGAGGUAGAAGCUCCUCAUCCUGCUGCUAGUGUAACCCUCUCAUCUGUUAAGGUUGCAACAGAUAAUUCAUCUACAGUGACAUCACCUGAUGAGGCAGCUACACCUACCUGUCCACCGUGUGUUGUAGUGCUGACUAAAUCGUCUGCCGUUGACUUACAGCUAUCAUCUUCGUCUGUAAGGCGAGGGCGAAAAAGCUGUCCCAGAAAGCUGAAAGUUCCAACACCACCAGCUUUGUCAGUGGUGUGUCCACCUUCUGUGAAUAUUUCACCUCAAGCCGUUCCUGUAGACUCGGCUCAGGCUGGCGAUAUUGUACCAACAGUCACGCCUCUUCCAGAGAUCUUAUCAACUCUUCCUUCAUUUUCUCCGCCUGUGGCAGAAUCUGCACCAGAUAUUCAAGAAUAUGCUUCAGUGGGAGGUGCAGCUACUGUGCAUAGCCUGGCCACCACUCUACCACUGUCAUCUUCUGCAUCGCGCCUGUCUACCACUUCAGACAUUUUUCCAAAUGAAGAUGACGAUGUGGAUGAGAAACCAGUUUUGGUAAAGCUAGAAUUAUCUAAGAAAGUUUUUGCAGAGGAUGAGAUCAUCACAAUUAGUGAUGAUGAAGCAUAUCCUAACUCUCAGCUGUUUGAAGAAUCAGAAAAAAAUGAUUUGGAGCAAGAAAUUGUAGUUUUGUCAGAAGAUGAGUCUGACAGUUAUGAUCAUUACCUUUUCAUGAACAUUAAUGGAUCUGGUGGUAGUUUGUAUAAUAAUGCAACACAUAGUGGGGAUCGGGAUGAGGAAACUAGUAAAGGUGAAAGAAUUGAAACUGAAAUGGAAUGUGCGUUUGAGGAUGAAGUGAGAAAUGAUAUAGCAAGUACAUCUGGAACAGAAGAUAGAAAAGUUUCUCUAGAAAAGUCUCAAAAAGAAAAAGGAAAGAAACACAAACAGAAAACAUCAAAGAGUGAAAGUUCUUCAGUGAAAACUGUCAAGUCGAAUAGCAAAGAGAAUCAACAAGAAAAUUUAAAAUCAUUGUGCAAUAAAGUUAGAGAAACUCAUCAUGAGAAAAGAAACAAGGCUCCAUGCAAAGAACCUAAACGGGCUCAAAACCGUAGCAAGACACACAUGAAGGUAGUGCCCGUGAAUGUGAAAGUGACAAAUAGAAACCGUUCUGCUUUGCUUACAGAAGCCCUCUGCGCCUCCAUCGACACUCCAAAGGGUAAGUCAAGGGCAUCAAAAGCCACCAAAGUAAAUGAAGCUAAGCAGGAUGUCAAGAAGAUUAUUGAGUUUAAGAACAUGCUGCACUGUCCCACACCCAUCCAACCUGAAAUCCAGAACACAAGGCUUGAUGAACGGGAGAAUCAUUGCCUGCGCUCCAAAAGGAUCCCUAAAUUGUCGUUUAAAGACCUCGAUCAGGCUUCGGCUUCAACUUCGACCACUCGCCCCACAAUUGUGGUGCAGAGUCCUCUUGCAUCUCCAGUUCUCAACCUCCCCUCGAUGUCGGCUGUGGCGCGGGUUCCCGAGACGGUGAGGCCGGUGGGCCAGGAGAAGCGUAGGAAGAGCGUGAGAUUUCGCGAGGGCAGCCAGCUAGAGCAGGUGCAGAUCAUACCACCGUUGCUGCGUGAGCCACGAGGCUUGGUUACCUCUCACAGCUCGUACCGCUCUACAAAUAUGAAUGACAUCAUCAAGGAAAUCUGCAGCUGGAAGACAGCGUGGUUCAGGGACCAGGCUAAUUUCUUGCCUCCCUCUGUGGACCCCAAAAGCGUGCUGCCGAUGCUGGAGUUCUUCACCAGCCAUGAAGACUACAAGAGCAUAGUCGAGCGACUCAUGUUCUGCGAGCUGUGGGAGCUGGUCAGUGAUGAGUGCAAGGAGAAGCAGUCGUUCUGCUUCAUCAUCAUAAAUGAUGUUACAGAUGUCGUGGAACCAGGUAUUCAUCUCAUGGAUAUAUACUGCUACAUGCUGCUGAGCGCACAGCGGCCACACGUCGCCAUGCAGUUGCGCCAGGGACACCUGGUGGCUCUCGAGCUGAUCCUGGAGAAGAGUGGGGACCCCUUCUCCUACUCCCAGAGCCUGUCGCAGUCUGGCAGCGGCCGUCGCUUCUGCGAGGUCAUUGGCUACGUGGUGCAGGCACAGUUCCAGCCUGUCUCCGCCCGCGGCCCGCCUGACAGCCCCCUCUGCAAGAUCGUGCCCAAUGCGGACCAGAUCCUGAACCUGGUGGUUCGCACAGACUACCGUGACUUCGACCUGCGGCUGAAAGAUGCCAUGCGGCUCAGGCCCCUGUGCUACAUCCGACCGAUGCUGCGAGCGUUCCGUGCCGUUCGAGAGCUGAAGCACUCCUCGCUGUGCAACCUUAUCCUGAACCCCAGGAAGGAGCACUUCCGGCGCCCACCCAUCACCGAAAAGCUUUACUUGCCGGGCUCUCUUAAUGACAACCAGCAGGAGGCAGUGCUGGAAGUAGCCCAAGUUUGUCGCAACAGCAACGGCCAUAACAUCUGCCUCAUACACGGACCCCCAGGCACGGGCAAGUCUCACGUGAUAGUGAACCUGGUGGUCCAGCUACUGUACGGGAGCGCACGCAAGAUGGAGCAGAAGACGCGCAUCUUACUGUGCGCACAGUCUAACGCCGCAGUGGAUGAGCUGGUGCGACGUCUCUUAGUCGUCCGCCGCUCGCUGGACGAGCGCAACAAGAUGAAGCUGGUGAGGUUUGGGCAGCUGGAGACGAUGCACCCUGAGGUACAGCAGUACUCUGUCCAGAACAUUGCGCGCCACAACCUUGACAUGGCACGGCAGGGCAGCACCAACACCGCACAGCGAAGCCUGGACGAAAACAUCCGCAUGCUCAGCAUGGACCUGGCCACCCUGCAGAGGAUAUCGCGACCCUCUCCCGAGAACAAGCACCGUAUGGCCUACAUCUCGAACAGGAUCAACUCUCUCAAGAGCUCCCAGAAUGAACCUGCGUACCGCCGGGAGGUCCAGCAGGCAGAGCGGGCGGAGCGCCUCAGGGUGUUCUCGGGUGCCGAGAUCGUCUGCACCACCAUUGGCUCCUGCUGCAACUCUGAGAUGGAGGACUUCUUCCGCAGGGAGGAGAGCACCAUGAAGUACAGCUGCUGCAUCAUUGACGAGGCGACCAAGUGCUGGGAGCCGGAGACGCUGGUGCCCUUGAUGCUGAAUGUCAACAACCUGGUGCUGGUGGGCGACCCAGCUCAGCUGCAAGGCAUCGUGCGCUCCUCGUUGGCGAAGAAGCGGGGGUUCGAGAAGUCACUUUUUGGGCGCAUCAGCUCCUGUGUGAGCAUGCUGCAGCCCAACCCGGUGAAGUUCCUGUCUGUGCAGUACCGCAUGCACCCAGCCAUCAGCCACUGGCCCAACAAGUACUUAUACAGUGGCCGGCUGCGGGACGCCCCCUGCACUCAGCGCUCCUGCCCGCUCAAGCCCUACAUCGUGCUGGCCCUGGGCUACAUGCAGGGUGUCGUCAGAUGCGACCCCCGAGUAGCUGCCUGGAGAUAUCGUGGUUGUGCGGACGUCCCUCGGCUUGAAGCGGGCGACGGUGCAGCCCCAGAUGUCGAGGAAAGGCAGGCAAUGACAACACACAGGGAGAACUUGGAGGAAGCAGAGUUCGUGGUGCAGCUGGCGCUGACGGUGCGGGACGAGGUGGACCCGUCCUUCUCCGUGGGCAUCAUCACACCCUACAACCAGCAGAAGCACAUCAUCGCACGCCUCUUGCAGCAGCGCGGACGCCUCAGGGACCUGAGCGUGGAUGUGAUAGACAGCGUGCAGGGCCAGGAGCGCGAUGUAGUUCUGGUGUCCCUGGUGCGCACCGAUGGUGUGGGCUUCCUCGGCAGCGAGUCACGUCUCAACGUGGCCCUGACUCGCGCGCGUUACUCCCUCAUCGUGUGUGGCAACUUCACCUCCCUUCAGGGAGUGAAAGUGUGGGACGACCUGCUCUGCGAUGCCCAAGACCGUCGUCUGUUCCUGAAGGUGUCGGAGAAGCACGCCAACAGCCGAGUCUACCUCAAGAGCCUCAUCAUGCGUGACAGUUUGUGAUUCCCCCUCCCCUCAUUUCCUUGCGCCGACUCGCAAUUUAAUGUGCACCCGACUGAUUGACUGCACUUAUUCAGCGCGAUGUUAGGACGCUGCCCUCUAUAGUGUAUCAUAUUUGCCAAACUGACAGUUGUGUUUUGCAGUUCGAGAAAUUUUAUUGUACAUUUAACAUUGUAAACAUACUUGUAUACAUUCAAAAUUGGCAGUACCUAUUUUUUGUGCGUAUAGUGUGCAUUCUCACAAAAUUUUGUCAUAUUCUUGAUUAUUUCUGUCGUUCUUGAGUAGCUUUUACUAAGUGAAAGUAAUUUCUGAUGUGGUAAUCUGUAGGGUGGAUGUAAAUAUUAUUUUAUUUUUUUCUUCAUAAAAUAUGUUGAAUUUAUUUAUAUUUGCUUAAACUGUGGGGCAGGGCCGAUACCAGUUUUGCCAAUGCCUCUUAUGUUGAUACUGUGCCGCUGAUACUGCCGAUAUUACGGGUAGAUAUUUUUAUAUUAUACAAUAUACAAAGUAUGUUUACUACCAUUCACAGAAAUUAGUUUACAACAUAUAAUAAUAUUAAACAAUUGGUAACAUAGCUGCAACUACAAGGGUAGAAUUUCUUGCAAUCAUGGAGUAAUUUAAAAGAAAAAAUAAAGUGAGUACAAGUUAGAUGUCCAAAUCAACCAAAAAUAUUUAAACUUCAAAGAAUGGGUGUCAAAAUAAAAAAAAUUCAUAGGAUGAAAUUUGUUUCUAAUUUUAUACUGAACAUAACAGACCUAUACAAACAUUUUUUAUUUCUAAAUGUUUUAUUGUAUUGGAAAGUUAUAUUUGUCUUCUCAAGCUGUUUGAAAUUUGCAUACUAACAAUCCAUGUUGUUCAUUUGAAAAUCACACAGCAAAUGUUGAUAAUAAAAAUAGCCAAAAUGUGAGCUUUUUUGACCGUCUGCAUUAAGGGCCAGUAACCCAGCAGGCUGGCUCUGUUCGUCACAACCUUGGAGUGUGAGGCCGGGACACAGCUACAGGGAAAGUGCUGCCACUCGUCUCUUGGCUCCUGGCGAGCUAGUAUACAGUAUUUAAAAUGGCCAGGAGAAAGAUCCAUUUCCUGUCACCCCCGUGGACAACACUGUAAAGAGAAAAUACAUACCUUUUGUUUUCAUGUGUGUGUAGCUCUGAAAAAAGUGAAACUGUGUUUAAACAACCACUGUUGUUUACUGCCUGGGACCCGGUAUAGGGGUGAGACCAUCCAUGUUUUCCGGAGCUGUGCGUAUCAGUGUAGAGAAACUCUUACCUUCUGUAUUACCACCUCUACCCGUGGCUUGUGAUUCCUGAGUGCUGUGAGCAAGAUACAAACACAGCGCAUGUUGUUUGCAGGCCUGUGUGUGUCAGUGUCAGUUUUCCAGUCCGAACAAAUUUCAUUACAGAUAACAAAAUAUUCUGGAAUCACGAAUCAGAUAUGAAUAACAAGGGUGGGGAAAUAUUUUGACAAUCAAAAUACAUAGAUAUUUCACAUUAAUGGUUAUAAAUAUUAAAUAACAACUUAUAUAUUUUUUUAAAAUUCUUGAUUGUAGAUUGUCCGAUCUGCUAUUUAUUCACUACGGAAAUAUUGAAAUAAUGUUUGGUUUAUUAUAUCAGGCCUAUUAAUAAUACUGAACAUUUAUAUUGUUCUACACUUACUCUUUACCUCCAUGUUAAUAUUUACACCAGGUGAUUUGCAGCUUCUCUACUCUUUGAAUACUGUGGAAUAUUCCUAAUUUGAAUAUAAGUAUUUUAAAUUUGAAUAAUAAAUUACUUCUUUUGAUAUUAAAAAAUAUAUAUAUUCUCACAUGCCUAGUUGCUUGUCUUCCCUUCUGCCCUCUAGCCCAUGCAAGGGCUGCGGCCAGGCAUCUCUUAUUUUUCAUUCUUCCAGUUUUAUUUGCUUUAAUGUCGCCAAGGCUGGAGAAAAAAGUCUGGUAGCUUGUUUAAGAAAUGACAUGGAAAUGAUCUCCUGAAUAACACUGCUGGUUUUUUCCUGAAGCUAUUUGUGGUGUGCGUGUCCAAAUCAAUUUUUUUUUUCUUAUUUGCUUCUGAUACCAUUAAUAUUGGCCGGUACUGUGGUAUCAGGAUCGGUAUCGACCCAGCCCUAGUUAGUGUGUGACAUACUAGAGCACCCAUUUGUUGUUCACAUCAAUAUGUUUAUAAUACUCAUCUCUGUUGGAAUUUUCACAUACAUAAUACCGUAUAUACUCGUGUAUAGCGCGCCCUUUUUUCCCCUCAAGUAAAGGAAAAAAAUAAGGAUGCGCGCUAUACACGGGGAAAAAAAAAAGUGAGUAGAUGCUGCGAGUCGUUAACUGCCAGUGAUGGGUGACGUUUCUGGCCAGCCCCCACACAUACGCACAAGCAACAAGGCCUCUCUUUCACACACACACACAUACACGCACACAACCUGGUCUCUCUCACACACACACACACACACACCGCAGGUCUCUUGUUUAUUUUUAGACCUCCCCCUCUACAGAAAGCCAAAGCAGCUAGUAAAAUAAAAGAGAGAGAAUGUUGACACCAGUCCCCCCCUUCCACUUCCUUCGCUUUGUCGCAGCUGCUACCGGUGAGUCAUCUAGUCGUCCGUGUCACAUUCCUGCCUGCCUCCCUCCCUUCCUCUCGUCCACGUACCAGUUGUGACGAUACAGCGCUUCAUUAUCUUCCGUCUACACAGCAGAGUUUAAGUAUUUUCCUGACGCAUCACCACACAUCAAUUUAAAUUAUCAUUUGUUUCAUACGUAAUUACUUAACAGGUACCACAAAAUGUUAGUACAAUUUAUUUACGGGAAAAACAAUUUUUUUUUCUUUGGAAUUUGUUGCAAAAAUCGUGGUGCGCGCUAUACACGAGGGCGCGCUAUACACGAGUAAAUACGGUAUCACGUGUUCUUUCAGUUUCAGUACUAUGUUAAGUUUUUCUUUAGCUGUGAUGAAAAAAAAGUGUAUGUUUUCAAUUUAUUUAUAUACCUAUGUUAUAUACUUUAAUAAGAUUAAGGUAUGUGCCAUUGUUUGUGUAACAUAUGAAGGUAGUCUGUAGUGUUUAUUUUACCUGAAAAAAUCUUUGUAAUUUUUUAUACAUGUAAUUUUCUUGAAAUUAAUUACAUUGAGUUCUUGAUGCAAGCUCAACUCACACAUGAUAAUAUUGUAAAGACCGUAUCUUUAUUUAAAUGACAUGGAAUUUGAAAUAAAUUUUAUGUUACUUAUUUUGUUGGUAAAUUAAACUAAAUAGAAUGAAGAUAGCACAUGUGUAGAGGUCACAACAGAGCAGAGGUGGCUCCAAAAGAGAAAUUUUUGAGUGUGUUAAAUGAUAAAGUCAUUAUAGUGUGAAUUUUAUUCAAAGUCUCCCAAGUCAGUUUUUUAAAAUGGUUGGCAUAAAGUUACUGUGUCAUAACAUUUCUGGAGAGCAACGUGCUGUAGAAAUAAACUUUACAUUGUAGAAUACUGGUUAAAAAUAUCCCGAUUACACUAUAACUAGUGACAACGUUUGAUGCAGCCAGUAUUGUAUGUGGUCCAUAGAUGGUUAAUGUAAUAAGUUGAUUUCUCAAAUGAGAAAAACUAUUUAUUUUUUUAAUCAAAAAUAAUUAAUCAUGAAAAUUGCACUGUUUAUAUAAUUAUGAAGCCAUCAAUCCAUCAGAUAUUAAAUGUGCUGGAAAUGUUUUACAAAUAGUAUACUAGUUCAUUUACAUUAAAAAAUACAAAAUUACUAAUCAAAAACUUUAAACUUUAUGUUUUGUUUUACAAAGUCAAUGAAUGACUAGGUUAGAAAAAUUGAACAUAUUAAUGUACAUUGUUACAGAUGUGUAUCAGCAGAUACACAACAAGAAGAGAGCAAAUAAUAUCAGCAUGAUCACAAUAUUUGACUUGCUAAGUUGGCUUCGUGAGUCAACUCAAGCCAGCUAAGAUAAACCUUAAAACAUGAUGUCUCAUUUCAGGGUAUUUGGACAAACUACCAGUUAAAAGUAAUAUUUCUCCUAUCCGUUUAGUAUUCAAAAUUGUUUGGGUUCUUCAGAGUAUUAGGUGGGAUGGUCCAAUGUAGAGCAUUUAGAACGAUUGAAUUUUGCUUCAAAUGAUAUUCAAUGUUCAACUAAUUUAAAUGUCAAUCAUCAAUGAUUAAAACAAUCUAAUUAAUUUUGUGCAUAACUUUGAGCUAUGGCAAUAUGAACAUAAAUAGCUAGUAGAGAUGGGCAAAUGAAUGCCUCAAACACCAUAAAAUCCUUAGUAGGUACGUAUUUCGAAAGAUUCAAACAAAAAUAUUAGAGAAAAUAAAGUAAACUAAAAAAAUUCAACACUGAUAACCUUAUUAGUUUACUAGGUCAAUUUUUUUCUUCAUACAUAUCCUAUUAACAUUUACUAAGAUAUUUUACUUUUAUCAUGUAAUAUAUAAGUAAAAUUACAAUAUGUAUUAAUUCUGGAAACUUAGUUUGUGAAACAAACAUUUAAAAGUAGAAUGUUUCAACACCAUAGUAAAUAUUUUUAAUUUCUUGUUAUUUUAUUUUUGACCCUUGAGACCUAGAUUCAGAGAUUUGGAUUUAAGAAAAUUGUAAUUGACAUGUUAAUAGUAGCUAGCUGAAAGAAAACUAACAUAUUAACUUUUAAUGGUCAAAUCAUUGUUUCAUCUCAGUCCCCUAAACAUAAAAUUUGGAGAAAGAGAAGGAGAAAAGAGGGGGGGGGGGGGGGGAAACCAGAAAGAAACAGAAAGAAAGAAUUUUUUUAAGAAAAUAAAUGUUUAUUUAAUGUUUCAUCAUAUUAAUAAAUAUGUUAAAUGUUAAUCAGAGUUUACCAUGUCAAUACUGCUGGGGUUAGUAGGUAGUUUGAGAGAGAGAUUUCGCAGUAUAAUGCAAAUUAAUUUCUUUUUGGGACAAUCCUGUUGGUCCAUCCUGAUUCGUUACGAACCAAAGUGCUAGUGCGUGGUCGCAGGUCCAGUCAUCUGCAGGGUAGAAAGUUACAGGGAAAGUGAUAAAUAAUAAUUUUUUACAUUGGUUCAGUCCAUACAAAAUCUUUUUUUUUUGUAUGUGAUUUAUCAUUAAUGUCAUAAUUUAAAAUAUGCUUUUAUUUAAUUUUUUACUUAAAAAUAUACGCUCAUAUUUUUACCCCCUUAAAAGCAAAAAUACAUCCAUUACAAAUUUGCAAAUUUCAGUAGUUGUGUUGUUAUUGAAAGUUUGCAAACAUUCUUUUUCAUUUAAAUAAAUACUUUUGAUAAAAUCAAUGAAUCAAAUUUUCAAGUUAAAUGAAAUUCUUAGUGCUUAUAUAUUAUUCUUUAGUUUAGUCGGUUAUAUACAGAAUGUUCAUAAAAGAAUGUCCCAGUUUUAAUGGUAUAUUAUAAAAGUUUAAUUUGGACUAUUUUAAACAAAUCAUACAUCAAAUUGAAGGUAAACUUAACCUUGUUUUUCGUACAAAUGUUCAAUUUGUGCAACUUCAGUUAUACAGCACACAUCCAAUCUAAAGUACAAUUCUUCCCACACUUUGGUUAACUAGUCCGGAGUAAUGGAAGCAAUAGCCUUUUCAAUUCUGUGUCUCGACUCUGGCAAUUCAUUAGGUAGUGGUGGAACAUAGACACGGGAGGCCAGCGAAAAAGAACUCGGAUCAUCGCAACCAUCGGUGGAUAUUUUUACCAUAUGAGAGAUCACAAUUAAAUUUUAAACAAAAUGCAAAUUUAACUGAAAUUACUAAAUUCACUUUAAGCAAGUUACAGAAAACAAAAUUAUUUAUGCUGAGGAGUUGCCAUUUUGUGUAGGUGGGUGCUGUAAGCGACAAAACAACAAAACAGUACUUACACAUGUGCUUAUCUAAAAUGUUUGAGUUACUGUUUAAUUGUGACUUGAGCCAAACUCUACAAUGCUUACAGUUGAUACUAGUAAAAUUUAUAACUGGGACUUAUUUUAUGGACAUCCUUAAUUCUUUUACCAUCAAAUUAAAUUUUAAAAUGUUAGGAUUUAUAUCCAGUCAUAUGUGAUAAUCUUGAAUGAUUUGUUAUUAAGUGUAUUUGAUAUUUUUAUAUUAAUGUUCUCCAUUGUCGGGCAAAAUUUAAUAUGAGAUGAGCUUCAUCACAAUAUGACUUCCAAUAUGAGAUGAUCUCCAGUACAUAAUAUUCUAGAGUAGAAGAUGAUCUGGACUAAAAGAUGACUUCCAGUAUAAGAUGAUGUCUAGUUUAAGAUGAAAUUAAGUAUAAAAUGAUCUUGAAUAUAACAUGAUAUUGACUAUAAAAUCUCCAGUAUGAAGCCAUUGAGUAUAAGACUAUCUUAGGUAUUAUAUACCCUCAAAUACUUAGGGGAAUUAGUAACAUAAGUAAAAGCGUAUACUAGACAACCUUGAUUAUAAAAUGACACACUUCAAUAUAAGGUGACCUCUAAUGUAAGAUGAUCGUAACUAAAAUAAUGUGUUACACACAAAACAACUCGCUUGUAAAAUAAAUAAUUUUUAUUAUUAUUCUUAUGAAGGUUCAUCAUUUUUAAAUUUUGAAUGUGAAAAAGUAGUUUUUUUACUAAAAAAAAUAGUAUUUUUAACUUAAAAUUUUGUUUAAUUAUUUUUCUACGAGAUUGUUAUACAUAUUUAUCUAAAAAGCAAAUUUUGUGUAAUUAAAUAAAUUUUCAUUGGAAGGUGAACCUUAGGAAAGAAUUUUCAUUUAGUUCAUUUUCAAGAAAGUUCUUUGACGUUUCAUUUUCACUUCAUUUCAUUAAAUUUCUUUAAAUGUUGUUUGUUUUUCCAUUUCAUUAAAAAAUAGAACCGUACAAUCAUACACCUAUGUAAAAUAUUGGUUUGCAUCCUAUCUGCAAACAAUAAUAAUAAAAAUUAAACAAUGGGAACCUUUUAAAAUUAAUUCAUACAUUAUAACAUUCAUUACAGAAGGAAAUUUAAGUAUUAAAAGUUAGGAAAAAUAUAAAAUUGUACCAUUAGUUUAUUUCUGAAAAGGUUAAAUAGCUGAUAAAAUUUAAUUAAUUAUUAGCAUAAAUAUUUAUCUCUCCUUAGCAGUUUUCAUUUUACAUAAUUAAAUUUGUUACUUCAGUGAUGUGAAUAACUUUGUAAGAUAGGUAUUACAAUUUUUCAUUGUACAUCGUAAAUUGUAAUGACCAAAAUGUGAACGACACGGUUCAGUGUUAAUGCUGGAAAUGUCGUCCUGCAGGAUAGUAAUCCACUCUUAUUGUGCCAAGGAGCUCGGCUGACUGAGUUGCGUACCAAAUAGCAGUGGCUGAAGGCAGUCACGACUGUGAUACCCAAAUGUGCGCUGCGUGCGAGACUGACGAAGGUGCUUCACGCCAACUUCCGAGCAGGGAGACGCACAAACUUGCAUGUGCCGCAUGGCAACCCUUUAUACAAGUCUGUCAUCAUGUAUGUUUUGUACGUUUUUCUUGUACAUAACCAAAAAGUACACUAUAACUUAGUGAGGACAUUUUUAGCAAAUGAGUGUAUUUUUCAUGAUGUAGUUACCUAGUUCAUGCUUCAAAGACUUUUAAUAUGAUGUAGAGAACUAAAAAUAAUGUUACCUACUUAGUCUUUGUUUCAGCUCUACAAAUGUGGUUUUGUUGUUGCAUACUGUUAUUGAGUGCACUUAUGCCAAAUUCUCAUUCUUUACAUGCUGUUAAUUUUAUGUACGUAGCUGUGUUAAACUUCAAAAAACUUAAUUUUUUUAAUCUUUUGUAUGAUUAAUAAAAAAAUGUUUUUCAAAUUUCUUUUAUUUAUUAAUUUUUGUUUUAUAUGUAUGUGUGUGCAAGUUUUAGAUUUUAUUAUAAUACACCCUACUGGUUGUGUUUAACAUAGUGAAGUCUUCACAUGCAUUUGAAAGAUAGCAAAUGUGUUUUGUU